UACCUCAGGGAUUAAUGCUCGACCCCUUCCUGUUUUCAGUUUUACAUACUUCAGGUUGGCCAAUUCGUUCAGAACACACACAUUUCCACAUUUCCAGAGCCACAUACAUCUGUGUGAAAUGUGGAAGUGAAAGCAAGUAGGUGGCAAUGACAUGCAAGACAAGAGUCCCGGUAAUCCUGAAAAUAAUCUGGUUUCUUUCUGUGUUCAACGAUGAAGAACAACAUUUUUACAGCUGUGCUUGUGCAAUACGAUGGCUGAUGUUAUGUCAGUAAAAAGAGGAAAGAGUCCUGCUGCAGACUCUUGUUGCGUGUCUGCCCUCCCCUCGUCAACAGAAGGAGGAUCUGCUGACAAUCUGACAGAAGCUGUUUGCUGCAAGCAGUUUCACCAAGGCAGUGUCGUACAGGAUAGGAUCCUUUCGAGAUGUCAAGCUCUCUGGUCGUGUGCGACGUGGAAGAAAGCCUGAGAGAAAAACUGAAAAAGUUCCGAUUUCGAAAAGAAACCAACAAUGCAGCCAUACUCAUUAAAAUAGAUAUGGCGAAACAGCUUGUCAUCCUUGAGGAGGAGUAUGAGGACAUCUCACUGGACGACCUGAGAAAUGAGCUUCCCGAGCGCCAACCCAGAUACAUUGUCUACAGCUACAAAUACACCCAUGCGGAUGGGAGAGUGUCUUAUCCCCUCUGUUUCAUUUUCUCAAGCCCAAUGGGGUGCAAGCCAGAGCAGCAGAUGAUGUACGCGGGCAGCAAGAAUCGACUGGUCCAAAUCGCAGAACUCACAAAGAUCUUUGAAACCAGGAAUGCCGACGACCUGACGGAAGAAUGGCUCAAGAACCAGCUGGCGUUUUUUCGCUGAAACUGCUUCUUCUGCAACUUUCAGACCUGCUUCUCAUUCCCUAAGCAAGAUCCUGAAUUUGACUUCCUCUUUUGUUUGUUGUGACAUUAAAACGCUCACUUACAGCAGCAGAG